GCGCUUUGACCACUUGUCUGUCUCUGCUUUGGGCCGCCCACCAGCUGGUACCAACAGCUUCGUCUCCCUUCCUUUUCGUCAUGACUGCACCCACAACUGAUCUCUCUCUCACCGAUACAGAGCCCCCAACAGACUCGGAGACGACACCUGUCGAUGGCCUUGCUGUUUCUCUGCAAGGCCCAAAACUUCAAGAUGAAGACAUGCCAACAGAACAAGAAGACGCUUCUACUCCUCAACCCUCCCAGCGUCCACUGAGAAUCUACACUAGGUCUCAGAUACUCACUUUGCAUAAGUCACCGUUGGUGGCGCCUCCGACGAACAUGCCUGAAUUGAAGGAUUGGUUUGGAGCUGAAAACGAACAGAAUUUGAACAAGAAAGACCAUGACUCUACUCCUCCUAAUAGUGCUCGGGAGCGGCGAUUCCGACGAGAGGUCGAUGAUAACGAAGCGUCCUCGCGGUCCUCUUUUCGAUCUACUCUAUCCCAGCCUUCACAAAUGGGCAAUUUCAAGCACCAAUCUUUGCGCGACAGAGAUGGUGAUAAAGACAGGGACCUCAGAGACAAAGAGGGGCAGGAGAGACUACGAAACCUUUCCGAUAAAUUCGACCGCGACCGUUUAGCGCUUCCUUUGUCUAAUAUAAGGGGCAAGGACAAGGAAGCUGUGUCUCAUCUAGGGCCUGGAUCGAGCCGAACACCUGGGCAACCUCAGCUUUCCAGUGUCGCUGCGCGACGGAGCGAAGCCAGAGAAAACGGCAAAAAGAAGGCGGGCGAGACUAACGAGGAUUGGAGACGAGGCGGUGAGCCUCGGCGGCUGGGAAGGGAUGAACGCUCAGAUACUCGAGGAGACCGUGAUGAACGGGACCGUCCCCGUUCUCGUGUUCGGGAUAGUUCCAGGUCAAGGCGGGACCCAUCUACGUCCAAGCGAGACCGUGAAGAUAGAGACCGUCGGGACCGUGACCGCGAAGACCAUCGUAGGGACGGCGAUCGAGACGACUACCGUCGCGGAAGGGACCGUGACACGGAUAGAGACAGCGAUGACCCUCGACGCUGGCGAGACGACGGUAGGAGAGAUGAGCGUAUGGCAAUGCGGCGAGAGCGAGACAGGGACCGUGAACGUGAUCGGCGCGAUAAGCCUGGUCAUGACCAAGCGUGGGACUCCUCAAAUGACCGUCGUUGGAUGCCCGGAGAUGACCGUUCGAAGAAAACUACCGGUAGGGACAGGAAAACUGGCAUCGAGGAUGGCAAAGACCGAGACGACCGACGUGGCGAGCGCGAAAAGGAGAAGGAACCUGCGUGGAUGGAUACAUAUAUCCCUGCUUCAUCAAGCACAGGAAUAUUAGGCGGCAAAAGUGCUGAUGGAGAACUGGACGGCAUUCAGGCUUGGAAGAAGGGUAUGAAGGAAAAGGAACAACGGGAGAGCAAGGCUGAGAAGCCGUCAGAAGAUCUUAAGGAUGCCACCGACCAGACUUCUCCACCUGAAAAACAAUUGGAUGAGAUUCAGAUCUUCAAGAUGCUGAUGAAACGAGAGCAAGAGCAGAAGAAAUCGGACCAGUCCAGUGACGACUCUCCUGAACUUCAAAGUCAAGACAAAGGAGCAGCAGAAGCUCCUAGCUCCGAAUCUCCGACUGGUGUGACGACAGGUCGGGGUGCCGGAGAUGCUAACGCUCCUCCUUCUCUAAAUACUGCUUCAACCAUACAAGCAACUCCCAAUGUGACUGUUGACCCUUCAGUCUCAGUGUUGUCGAUGUUUGUCUCUGGGGAACAGUCCAAGCAGACAAGUACUCUUCCUGACCGAGAGAGACCCAAAACUCCUACUUCUUCGAGACUUUUCCCCCGACCGAUCAAUCAAGAUGGAACUCAAGCAGACCGCUCUUCCGUUGACCCUCUGCAGCCUCAGCCCACUACUGUUUUCAAUCCUCCUCAGGGUUCUCGCCUUCUAGCCUUUGGCUCUCGGGCACCUGCAAAGCCACAAACGUCUACAUCUCUACUCGCGAACGGCGCCGGGACGCUGCAAUCCCAAACAAAAUCUUCUUUGGUGCAACUCAAUCUUCCUCCGAAUGUUUUGCCGCUGGAAAGCUCAAAACUAGAAUCUCAUCGUAUGCCAAAUACCUUUUCACCCUUCGAGGAACAUGACCAUAGUCUAUCAUCGAGCGCAGCAGAAUCCGCACGUCGCGAGCGCCAGUCAAUGUCGUCAGAAUCUGGUCCUUGGGGUGAUCUUAGUGCCGAAGGUUCUGCCCUAGGGCAGGCGUCUGGGAAGGGCAGCCGAUUUGCGAAGUUCUUCGAUGGUAAAACACGGGAAGGGUUUGCGUACGCCCCCAAAGCACAAACUCCCGUUGGCUUCAUGUCUUCCUCGCCAACGCCUGGUCAGCGGCCCGAGGGUGGAUAUAGUGGGAAUCCUGACCUUCGAAAUAUGGAUGACAUCUAUGCUAUGUUGAACAAUUCAUCACAGGCUCAGCGGUCCAAUAACAUGAAUCCGCCAAAUUCUGCCCCUACGAUCGGUGGCAUCCCUUUCGGACAGCAUGCGCAGGCCCAAUUACACUUGCUUCAGCAACAGCAAAUGCAAUCACAAUCACAUCAUUUGCAGAAUAGUCGCCUGGAACCAUUAUAUGAGAGCCGUCUCGAUAACCGUAACUUUAUGCCAGAUGGACUAGUACCUGGAUUGCGAUCCGCCCCUCCACCGCGGAAUCGUGAAAACGGCGGGAUGUUUUCAGAUCCCUUGGAUGAGGCUAUUCAUCUGAAUGCCCAACGCAUUCCUCCUAUGCCGCAGCGUGGAAUUGAUCAUCUUUACUCUGGCCCAGUCCCUUAUUCCCAGCAGGCCGGGCGGCAUGCGGCGCUACCCUUACAACAGUACCGUGGUGGACCCUCGCCUAUUUCCAGCCAGAACCCGUUAGCAUCUCAACAUCAGCGUAUACCUCCAGGUUUAGCAAAUCUUGGAGGACGUCCGCCCCAUGAACCUAACCAGUUUGUUGGUGUACCAAGCAUCCACGGUGGACCCGUGAAUGGGCCUCAACCUUUCACGACCUUUGGCCCUGGGGGAAACCUGGGAUACGUAGGCCCCCCUCGGGCCCCUCAACAAUUACAAAGUACUGUUUCACAGCAUCCACUCGGAGGUCUGGGGCAUCCAAAUGGACUGGAUUUACGGAACGCCAAUCAAUCCCAACUUUUGAAUAUGGGAACGCUUGGCGGUAGUGUCCGAGGCAUGGGCGCCAACGUAUAUCCUGGACAGAACCAUAGUGCACAGGCCUCGCUUCAUGCUAUGCGCCAGCCGCAGCAACAGCUCCCUCCUCAUCUCGCCCCUCAUAUGCUGCCCCAUCUUCAACAACAGGUACCACCAAACGCUCAAUCGGCUGAUCUCAUGGCACUUCUGUUAGGCGGUCAACGCAGAGAGUAGAACAAGACCCAAACCUGACUUGACGAAUCUCCUGUUGCAUUACAGUUUCACUUUG